CAAAAAGAAUAAAGGUUGUCUCUGUUGGUGUCUCUCUCACCCUCUCUUUCUCUCUCUCUGCGCCUCCCCGGCCCAUCCCCACCUCCAAGAUUUCUCUCUCCUCUCUCUUUCUCUCUGUGUUUCUCUCUCCUCUCUCCUCUUUUUGAACCUGUGUUUAUCCACAAAUGGAAGACGAUGGUUUGAAUAUGCAGAACUGGGGAUAUUAUGAACCUUCUAACUUUAAAAGUCAUCUGGGUCUGCAAUUGAUGCCAACAGUUUCUGAGCAAAAUGUGAAACCAUUCUUUACUACAGGGAGAGAUCAUCAUCCUGUUCCUCAUCCUGUUCCUCAUCCUCAUCCUCACCAUCAACAUCAUCAUAAUCCUAAUGCAUUUAUGAUGAUGGGUAAUAAUAACAACAAUAGUACUAAUAAUGGCGGUUUCCAAUCCAGAGAUUGUGCUGUUUCAGAACCUCCCAAUUUACAACACAUGGACUAUUUAAGGGAAAGUUGGUUGAAUCAGCAAAGAGACAAGUUCAUUAACGUUUUACCCAUAAACCCUAAUUUCAAUGUUCUUCCAGAGCCUGGAUUAACCCAUCCAAUGCACCAGAUUCUACCACCGCCAGAGACAUUGGAAGAUCCAAAUGGUGUUGGAAAUGAAGUUGUUGGCACUUUGAAGAAGAGAAACUGCAACAGCAGCAGCAGUAGCAAUCCUAAAGGUCCUAAACCGAAGAAGAGUAAGAAAGGUCCUUCUGUUAUGCCUAAGGAGAAUGGGAAUUCUUCUUCGUCUGUUCAAAGAGCUAAGCAACCGAAGAAGAGUAUGGAUAUGAAUAUGCUUAUCAAUGGUAUGAAUAUGGACAUAUCAACUAUUCCUAUCCCGGUUUGCUCUUGUACUGGUGCGGUUCAGCAAUGUUAUCGAUGGGGAUGUGGUGGCUGGCAAUCGGCUUGUUGUACUACUACUAUAUCAACUUAUCCAUUGCCGAUGAGCACUAAGAGACGAGGUGCUAGGAUUGCUGGAAGGAAGAUGAGUCAGGGAGCUUUCAAGAAGGUUCUCGAGAAGCUGGCUUCUGAAUGUUAUAAUUUUAAUAACCCGAUUGAUCUCAGGAAUCACUGGGCCAAACAUGGAACAAACAAGUUUGUCACCAUCAGAUAGAUUGAUCGAUUGAUUGAUUGGGUACACUUUUGAUCUGAACUGGAUUCUCAUUACUUCUGCUUUGUUUUUGGUUUUUUUUCAUUGUAUAUAUUAUCUUCUGAAUUUUUUUUUCUUUCUUUAAAAAAAAGAAGGGGAGGGUUUAAAUUGAUCAUUUUGACUUAAUAUCCUUGGGAUUUUGUGAAUUCAAGGAUGAGCAAUUUAUGUACUUUCUUUGUUGUUUCUCUUUUUAUUCUUGCUGAACUUGGGGAAGAUGAGAUAUUCAAUGUUGUUAAUCUUAAUUUUGUUUAUCAUUGAAAUACAUUUGUUUCUUCA